AUGGCCGAGGUUACGACGAAGGAGGCACCUCAGCGGCUCCCCGAGCCCCUGCUGGAUGAGAACCCCCAACGCUACUGCAUGUUUCCCAUCAAGUACCAGACCGUCUGGCAGUUCUACAAGAAGGCAGAGGCGUCCUUCUGGACGGCCGAGGAGGUGGACCUGGCGGAUGACAUGCGCCACUGGGUCGGCCUCAACGAUGGCGAGCGCCACUUCAUCCUGCGGGUCCUGGCCUACUUUGCCGCCUCUGACGGCAUUGUGCUGGAGAACGUGGGGGCGCGCUUCUUGAACGACGUCCAGAUCCCAGAGGCGCGCGCCUUUUACGGGUUCCAGGUCGCCGUUGAGAAUAUCCACAGCGAGAUGUAUAGCCUAAUGCUGGAUGAGUACAUCAAGGACCCGGUAGAGAAGGACCGCCUGUUUCGCGCCAUCAGCACUGUGCCAUCCGUCACCAAGAAGGCAGACUGGGCGAUCAAGUGGAUCAAGGGCUCUCAGUGCUUCGCCGAGCGGCUUGUGGCCUACACGGCUGUGGAGGGCAUCCUCUUUAGCGGCAGCUUCUGCGCCAUCUUCUGGCUCAAGAAGCGCGGCCUCAUGCCGGGCCUCACCUUCUCCAACGAGCUCAUCAGCCGUGACGAGGGCCUGCACACCGACUUUGGCUGCCUGCUCUACAGCAUGCUGAACAACAAGAUUCCCGAGGAGCGGGUCGUGGAGAUCGUGACAGAGGCCGUGGAGGUUGAGAGGGAGUUCAUCUGCGACUCCCUGCCGGUUGAGCUGAUUGGCAUGAACAGCAAGCUCAUGACUCAGUACAUCGAGUACGUCGCCGACCGCCUGCUGGUGGAACUGGGGUGCGAGAAGCACUACAAAGUGCACAACCCCUUUGACUGGAUGGAGCUCAUCAGCCUGCCUGGGAAGACCAACUUCUUCGAGAAGAGGGUGGGUGAGUACCAGAAAGUGGGGCCAAUGGCUGGCCUGGAGGGGAAGCUGCACACCUUCUCCCUCGACCAGGACUUCUGA